GCGCGCGCGGGCGGGCGGAAGGCGGCUCCGGCGGCGGCCGGGGCGGACGGAGGGCGGGUCGGCGCCUUUGUGUGAGCCGAGCCGGGAUGGUGCGGGGCGCCGGGCAGAGCCCCUUGCCCUGCCAGUUUCUGGAUGCCAAGCACCUCCUGCUCAUGAAGCUGAUGAAUGCGUGAAGAAGAAGCUGACCAGGAGAGGGACUCUUAAGCAGCUGCUAAGAUGGGCAUGAGGAUCAAGUUGCACAGCACCAAUCACCCCAACAACCUGCUGAAGGAACUCAACAAGUGCAGGCUCUCCGAGACCAUGUGCGACGUCACCAUUUUGGUGGGCACCCGCUCCUUUGCUGCACAUAAGGCUGUUCUGGCCUGCGCUGCAGGCUACUUCCAGAACCUCUUUCUGAACACGGGGCUGGAUGCUGCUAGGACCUAUGUAGUGGAUUUCAUCACGCCGGCCAACUUUGAGAAGAUCCUCAGUUUUGUGUACACCUCGGAGCUCUUCACAGACCUUAUCAAUGUUGGCGUCAUUUAUGAGGUGGCAGAGCGGCUGGGCAUGGAAGAUCUGCUGAAGGCCUGCCAUUCAACCUUCCCUGACUUGGAGAGCUCAGCCAUCACAAAGCAACCCUCCCUGUCCAUGAGCGAAGGCCGGUCAGGUCCUCUGAGCAGCACCUCCUCGGAGCAGAGCCAUUCUUUGGGUGAAAUCCGGAGUGGCGGGGAACAUUUUGGCCCUGAACGGAAUUACAUCUUGCAUGGGGAAGUGGCAGGCAGCUACAAAGAGGAUGACAGGAAUACCGUGAGUGAAGCCAGCCAGACUCUUCCCCUGAUGCAUCCGCAGCAGCCUCCCAAGACAGAACAGGAAUCGGAUCAAGGGCAGUUCGCUCCUGCCGCAGGUAUGGCGACCCAGCCCAGCCUGGGCGGUGUGAACAUCGUUGUUCAAACCACCGCAAGCUCCUGCCAGCAGUACAAGGUCCAGAGCAAUGGUGACUACGGCAAGGGUGGCUUCUUUACCGCUGAUCCUUCUGUGGACAUCUCCACGGGGAGCAACUCCUGUCCCAGCAACAGUGACCACUCCAAAGAGCAAGGUUUUGGGCAGAUGGAUGAGCUUCAGCUGGAGGAUUUGGGCGAGGACGAACUGCAUUUCGAAGAUGCCAGUGAAGAACUGGGCCCAUCAGAAGAAGUUAUUGAGCUGAGUGAUGACAGUGAAGAAGAGCUGGCUUUUGAGAACGACAGCCGGGAUAGCAAGGCAAUGCCCUGCCAGGUGUGCAAGAAGGUCCUGGAGCCCAACAUCCAGCUGAUCCGCCAGCACGCAAGAGAUCACGUUGAUCUGCUCACCGGGAACUGCAAAGUCUGUGAAACCCACUUCCAGGACCGGAACUCCAGGGUCACUCAUGUUUUGUCCCACAUCGGCAUCUUUCUCUUCUCUUGCGACAUGUGCGAGACCAAGUUCUUCACCCAGUGGCAGCUGACCCUCCACCGACGAGAAGGGGUCUUUGACAACAACAUCAUCGUCCACCCCAGUGACCCGCUGCCGGGGAAAAUCACCAUGUUUGGGGGAGGGCCUGGCUCAGAGCUGGCGUGCGCUGCCUGCGGGAAGCCUUUGGCCAAAGAUUUCCACACCGUCCGCAACCAUAUCCUGGACCACGUGAACUUGAAAAGCCAGACGUGCGGUGUGUGUGACCAGAGGCACCUCAGUCUCUGCAGCCUGAUGUGGCACACCCUGUCUCACUUGGGGAUCUCGGUCUUCUCCUGCUCUGUUUGUGCCAACAGCUUUGUGGAUCGGCACCUCCUGGAGAAGCACUUGGCCGUUCACCAGAACAUGGAGGAGGCUCUCUUCCGCUGCCACUUCUGUGGCCAGAGCUUCAAGCUGGAAGCGGCGUAUCGUUACCACGUCAGCCAGCACAAGUGCGGGGGCAGCCUGGACAUCCGACCCAGCUUUCGAGACCGUCUCCAGCAUCAGGGCCUGCAGAAGAGGAAGCUGCCGGAGGAGUUCCUGAGCGAAGACUUGGCGCUGCAAAACCAGCCAGGCAACAGCAAGUACAGCUGCAAGGUCUGCGGGAAGCGGUUUGCUCACACCAGUGAAUUCAACUACCACAGAAGGAUCCACACCGGAGAAAAGCCCUACCAGUGCAAGGUGUGCCACAAGUUCUUCCGCGGCCGCUCCACCAUUAAGUGCCACCUGCGGACGCACUCGGGAGCCCUCAUGUACCGCUGUACUGUGUGCGGGCAUUACAGCUCCACGCUCAACCUCAUGAGCAAGCACAUAGGCGUGCACAAAGGCAGCCUCCCCCCAGACUUCACCAUCGAACAGACUUUCAUGUAUAUCAUCCAUUCCAAAGAUGCGGAGAAAAACACGGACAGCUGAUGGGGUGAGGCAGGGCAGGACCAGCAAAGGAGCAAAUGCUAAUUACAGAAGCUGUGGAAAAAAAUGUCAUUUAUUUUAUUUAAUGGUCAGGCAUCAUGGAUGGAAUCCUCCUUUUCUAUUUUUUUAAAUUUUUUUUUGGCCUUGCUAGGGCUUUUUAGAUUGGUGGCAUUGUACAAAUUAACAGCACGUAAGCUACAUCACUGUUUCCAAGAAGUCUGUCGUGUUUACUUACCUCUGGUCCUGUUAGAGGCCAUCGAGUUCUGUGUUUUUAGCAUUUCUCACUAGGUUUUGAAUCUAGAUUUUUUUUUUUUUAGCCUUUUAGCCCACUUGACUAGGCUAACCCUCAGUUUGAGCUUGUCCACAAACUGAUGCUGCUAAGAUUUUUCACACCUGACCUCAGUAGAGAGGGACAGAGCCAGAGCAGGAUGGUGCUGGACUCAAAGAAAAGGAAAAACAAAAAAAAAAGAAAAAAGGAAUAACAGACUCAUUCUGGGCAUCACUGGGGUUCUGCUGCUAUUGCAAGGAGAUAAGCAAAGUCCAUGUCACAGAAUCAGCCUUGGAAGUCGUUGCUCCGUUGCAGGGGAGGUGAGCAAGCAGCAUGUGAGUGUGCACAUGCAAAUGAGGAGGGAUACCUGGCAGUAAAUGAGUAGGAGGGUGAUUGUCGCUCGCAAGGGCAGUUCCCAGGCAGUGCCGCUGGUCUCUGGGAGCCCUGCCUGAGCU